AAGCGGGAACCGCCGCGCGGCGGCUGUGGAAGCGCGGGGCGGCGGCCGACAUGUUCCAGGGCGCGGAUGGCCAACCUGGCGAGUUGGGCUCCAGAUCCAUGAAGCCCCCUGGAGGAGAAUCGAGUGAUCUUUUUGGAAGUCCAGAAGAAUGUAUUCCUUCAAGCAAGCCUAACAGGAUGGCAUCUAAUAUUUUUGGACCAACUGAAGAACCUAAAAACAUACCCAAGAGGACAAAUCCUCCAGGAGGCAAAGGAAGUGGGAUCUUCGAUGAAUCAACUCCUGUGAAAACUCGACAACGUCUGAAUCCACCCGGUGGGAAGACCAGUGACAUAUUUGGGUCCCCAGUCACUGCCACUGCACCUCUGGCACACCCCAACAAGCCCAAGGAUCAUGUUUUGCUGUGUGAAGGCGAAGACUCUAAGUCUGACCUGAAAGCUGCAACAAACUCCACAGCCAGAGGAGAGCCGGGCGAGAAAGGAAGCUCAGAAGUGGAGCAUGUGAAGAUACCAGAGCCCACACCCACACCUGACAGUCAUGAGCCCAGACUGGGGCCAAGACCUCGCUCCCACAACAAAGUCCUGAACCCACCAGGAGGCAAAUCCAGCAUCUCCUUCUAUUGAGAGGCUCCUGCUCUGCCUGUAACUAGAUCAGACAAAGAGAUAGGGUAUUGAAUGUUAGUGUUUCCUGUAACCCAAAUGAGUUGGGGUGGGAGAGGGUUUGUCAUGCGUGUGGGGUUGACUGCUCCUAGUCAUUGGAAGAGCUACGCAGAGGACUGUGCCUUCUAAACUGCCGAGAUAUAUACAUUGUGGGGAUAAACUGGGAUGUUCUGGUCCCUCCUCUAAUUGCUCCUCUUUGUGAAACAGAUCUAUAAAGUUAUGGGGAAGGCAGAAGAGGUGGAGCCCAUUAACAGAAGGAUGCCAGGGUCAACCUCUUAUGCUGUGUGCUUAGUCAGGAGACCUCAGG